AAUAACAUGGAAAUGAACGGAAAUUCCACCAACAUCUAUCUAUUUAACUGCGAUAACACUUGCAGUUUGGAUCCAAUAGAAUCCUUGUUACUAACUGUGCAAAACGACGUGAAGAUGCGGUUUGCGGUAGGCAAGCGCAUUUUUCGGCUGCGAGAAAUGUCAGACAUGUGCGAGACAAUUAUUCCUGAACUACAGAUGGAUUAUGCCAUUUUUGCUGUCCAUGCCCAAGAAUCGCGUCUCUCAAUCAACGAAGACAAUGCUGGGAUUGGUUUCGCAAGGAUCUACAGAGCGUUACUGAAAGCGACUGGAAACAAAGUAUUGAUCGUUAUUGGUGGGGAUGAUAAUUACAGAGAUGAAGACGAGGAAGAACAUGUUGUUAUCUCACGCUGGGCUCGAAGGAAAGUGGCGUCACAGUUUGAUGAGGAGUAUCUCGAUGGAAGAAAAAGCUUCAUUUUCUCCUGGAAUAAAGGUCACAGAGAAAUCCACGAGAAAGCAUUAGAGCACUACCUCGACCCAAGUAAGAAAGAAAGAAAGUUUCAGUAUGUGCCAAAACAAGAGCCAACGACCUUUCCUCUAACAGUCAAUGAUUCUCUGGACAAGGACGGUAUUUCUGGUGAUGAUGUACCUCCUCUAGGAGGAGGAACCCAAAGAAGGCUUACAGGCCAAGAAGGAGAAAAAUCCUUAGGGCCCAGGCCAGAGCCUAUCGAUUCCCGACCGGAAUUUCUCGAAGGUACCGAACUGCUGGACACACUCGUGCGUUUUGGGAAAAUCUCGUUUAAAAAAGAGGACGUGAGGGUCUGGGACCGCAGAUGGAAGCCGUCUGGAACAACUGUCCGCCACCUGUCGAGAGAUUGGAUGUUUAUACCUCUUGCAAAUGUUAGAUUUGUCGCUAUGGCUAACGGUGGGAUCUCUUACAGUGUGCAACCUCAGAGUAUUUGUAGUUGGGCCAGCGUACUGUGUUGUUUAAAGUUAGUCUGGGAUUGCCUUGCUUGGAUUUAUAGUUGCAUACUGUGGAUUUUAAUAGCAGUGUGUGAAUGGCUUGGAAAAAAAAUCGACGGAUGA